CGCGCAUGCGUGGCAGAGGCAGCGGCCGGAGGGUGUGGACGCGGCGCCGAGAGUCGGGCCGGAGCGGAGCGGUUGUGCUGUUGGUGAGCUUGGGGAUUGGAUCCGGUGGGUGCCCUAGACCCAUUUUGGAUUAACGUGCCUUACUGCCUUCUACUCGUGGUGUUAACGGCAGCGUUGGGACAAGAAGAGAAUGGACGAUAUCUUCACCCAGUGCCGGGAAGGCAACGCAGUCGCUGUCCGCCUAUGGCUGGACAACACGGAGAACGACUUGAACCAGGGGGAUGACCACGGCUUCAGUCCCCUGCACUGGGCAUGCCGCGAAGGGCGAUCUAAUGUUGUUGACAUGCUGAUUAUGCGAGGAGCUCGGAUCAACGUGAUGAACAGGGGUGAUGACACACCCCUGCACCUCGCUGCCAGCCAUGGGCACCGGGAUAUUGUGCAGAAGCUGAUCCAGUGCAAGGCCGACGUCUGUGCUGUGAACGAACAUGGGAACACACCGCUGCACUACGCCUGCUUCUGGGGUCAUGACGAAGUGGCUGAGGACCUGGUGAGCAACGGAGCCCUCGUCAGCAUCUGCAGCAAGUACGGAGAGACGCCCCUGGACAAGGGGAAGGUCCACCUGCGGGAGCUGCUGAAGGAACGUGCAGAGAAGCUGGGCCAGAGUCUAACUAAAGUUCCUUACAAGGACACCUUCUGGAAAGGGACAACUCGCACUCGACCAAGAAACGGAACACUGAACAAACACGCCGGCAUCGACUUCAAGCAGCUGACCCUGAACCAUAAAAUCAACGAGAAUCACUCGGGGGAGCUGUGGAAGGGCCGGUGGCAGGGGAACGACAUCGUGGUCAAAGUCCUGAAGGUGCGGGACUGGACCACGCGGAAGAGCAGAGACUUCAACGAGGAGAAUCCCAAGCUCAGGAUAUUUUCACAUCCCAAUGUGCUGCCGGUACUGGGAGCCUGUCAGUCACCCCCUGCCCCGAACCCCAUCAUCAUCACACACUGGAUGCCGUAUGGUUCUCUCUACAACGUGCUUCACGAGGGAACAAAUUUUGUGGUGGACCAGAGCCAGGCUGUGAAGUUUGCGCUGGACAUCGCCCGUGGACUGGCCUUCCUGCACACCCUCGAACCACUAAUCCCCAGGCACUACGUCAACAGCAAGAGCAUCAUGAUUGACGAGGAUAUGACUGCUCGGAUCAGCAUGGCCGAUGUCAAGUUCUCCUUCCAGUGCCCUGGCCGGAUGUACGCUCCAGCAUGGGUCGCUCCAGAAGCUCUACAGAAGAAGUCGGAGGAGAUUAACCGGAGGUCAGCAGAUAUGUGGAGCUUUGCCAUUCUCCUGUGGGAGCUGGUGACCCGCGAGGUCCCCUUUGCAGAUCUCUCCAACAUGGAGAUCGGGAUGAAGGUGUCACUGGAAGGUCUUCGUCCCACCAUCCCUCCGGGAAUCUCCCCCCAUAUCUGCAAACUGAUGAAGAUCUGCAUGAACGAGGACCCAGCCAAAAGACCAAAGUUCGACAUGAUCGUGCCAAUCAUGGAGAAGAUGCAGGACAAGUAAGGGGGGGGCAGUGGGGAAUCCCACCUCCCCAUUCCCCACGGCCUCCCAGAUCCCUCACACAGCCUGUGCCCGCUGACCCACACUGAGGCUCCGUGUUUACAGAGGGUGUCCGCUGGCACCAUUCCUCACAGCCCCCUUCCUGUGUCCAGAGCUCCGUCAUUCCCAAGGGCUUCACCUCUUCCAUAUCACCCCCUGGCCACGGGGGAAAGUUCACUCUGGACCCUUCCGUACAUCCGUACGGAGCGGCUGCCAUACAUCCACUCCACACUGGAAGCAAGAACUCAGUCAGCCUGGUGACUGAGAGACUCCCUGACCCCAGGUUAUGGAGGGAGGGGGGAAUCAGCCAGGGGUCCUGCUCCCCAUCACUGCCCAGUAACCCCAGGGUUAGGGAGGAGAGGGGGAAUCAGGCAGGGGUCUACUGGCCCUGUAGACCAGACCGUGGUCACAUUAUUCCAUGGCCUCUAUGGUGGUGGUGACCUCUGCCUUUUGGGGAUGAACGCCUUCAGCAAAAGAGAAGGCAGCCCGUCGCAGGCCGCAGCCCCUGGCUGUCACAGAUCUGGUGUCCACUGGCUCCACAUCCAGUGCCCGUCACUGUGGGAGGGGCAGUGCUGAGGGAACGCCACACGGGAAUUUGACUUCUCUUCCCUUCCCUGGGUUCCCAGUAUUUUCCUGACCCGGGCCACAGUCACCCCCGAGUUCCAGGGCCGAAGGUUGGUGUCCCAGAGGAUCAAGGAGCUCUUGAUCAGAUCAGGGCUGGGCUGGUGCACCCUCAUACUGAUGAUCAUUGUGGUGCUUGACCCUCGCAGAGGUUCACUUCUCACUGGUUGUGUAUGGGAUCUGGAGGCCUUGUGGCUGUUUCCCUGUCCCCUAGUCUGUCUUCACUAACCCUUGUUCUGAACAUGCCGCUGCCAAUCCCUGCUCAGACGCACUCCUCAAACAGAUCUCGCUGAUCAUUUAUCUAAUUUAUACACCACUUGUACUUCCAGUUUCUUCUUGUAUCACUGCUGUUUUAUCAAAAAUAUAACUUUAUGAAUUUUGCAUUAAAAAGAUAGGUUUCCGAUUCA